GUAGUAGUUCUCUUUUCACUCUCAAUGCAACCAAUUCGCCCGUUGAGGGCGCCGUCGUUGCGGGUUGGAGGUCUUUUGUCUAGGUAAGCAGUUAUAUGUUUUUGCUGUGUUUUCACAAUGGCUCCUCUUUAUCCUGCAACUUGCAUGAUGAGACAUACCCUUCCAAUUACAGAACCGCUGCAUUGAAGCUUGGGAGUUUAUCUUCCAAGUUAUGAGUAACAAGGAAGCUUUAUGUCUUCUGAUUUAUCUUGUCUCUGUUAUUUAAUUGUAUGACUUGUGCCUGUUAGACAGUUUGCUAACGGCAUGUUCAGGACAGGACUUCCGAUUUCCCGUACAUCGCAGGCUUUCCAGACUUCUGGCAGGCUUGCUCGAGUAAUACAGCACACUCAUGCACCUCUGGUACAAACAAGGCAGAACAGCGUCGAUGCGUAUCCUGAGAAGGCGUUCAAGAGGCGUGUGCAACUGAUCGAAGAGGCUGUUGCUGAGCCGUAUCCCCGGCUCGCGUCAAACAAGAACACGGUGAGCUGUACGGAGUUUCGUGGCCGCUACAGCCAUCUAGCAGAUAAUGAAAUAGUAGAGGAUGAUACAGUUGUUAUUAAUGGUAGGGUACGUACCUUAAGACUUGUUGGAGGCAAUUUGAUAUUCUUCGACUUGCUUCAUGAUGGCCAUAAAAUUCAAGUUAUGUGCAAUCGUCGUCGAUUGAAGGAUAUCCCUCCGGCGACCUUCAAGCAGUUCUACCGGAUGCUUCGGCGUGGCGAUGCCUUCUCCGUAACGGGUAAUCCUCACCGGACUGAACGAGGCGAGCUUACGCUCCUGGCGACUGAAUUGCCGCAGCUGCUGUCGCCCUGUCUGCAUGAUAUUCCGGUUGAUGCCCAGGGGCAGGAGAACUCGCCGUAUCCCCGACAUGUUCAGUUCCUUGCGGACCCAGAGACAGUAAACGUCAUCAGAGCUAGAUCGGCAGUUGUCCAGUAUCUUCGCCAGUUCUUUGUCGACCGGUUGUUUAUGGAGGUUAAUACGCCCAUCAUUGAAGCGGUUGCUGGCGGUGCAAUUGCCCGUCCCUUCCAUACUACAGCCACCGAGUUUCCAGAUCGUCAAUUGUCGUUACGGAUUGCGCCGGAGCUCUGGUUGAAGAGGUUGGUGGUAGGAGGGUUCGACCGGGUUUUUGAGAUUGGACCUUCGUUCCGCAAUGAAGGCCUCGACAAAACGCACAAUCCCGAGUUCACCACUUGCGAGUUCUACCACGCCUACGCCAACCUGGAGGAUCUCAUGACCACGACCGAGCAGCUACUUUCGGGCCUGGCUGAACACCUUACUGCUUUCCACAAAUCGUCCCCCUUCAAGAAGCCUAAUCAGGAAGACACACCUCUGCCGUUUUCCCAUCUCAACUUCUCUGCGCCCUUCCGCCGACUCGACUUCAUCACCUCUAUCGAGCAGAGCAUCGAGCAGAAGCUGCCAGACCUCACGUCUCCCGAUGCUCUGGACCAGGUGAAGGCGAUCUUCCGUGACCGCAACCACGCACUUCCCGACAAAGUGACCCUCCCCCGGCUGCUGGACGAGCUCUGCAGCAUCUACGUCGAACCCCAGUGCAUCGACCCGACCUUCAUCGUCAACCCGCCCGAGUGCUUGUCCCCUCUAUCAAAAUCCUUCAUCCACCCCACCACCAACCAGCGCGUCGCCGCCCGCGGAGAGCUUUUCAUCGAGGGCCGCGAAGUCGUGAACACAUAUGAGGAGGAAAACUCGCCGUUCGAGCAGCGCCGCAAGUUCGAAGACCAGGUCCGGUACAGCAAGCAGGCCGACGAGGCGGAAGAGAUCGAUGAGAGCUACUUGAAGGCGCUAGAAUGGGGUCUCCCUCCGACUGGCGGCUGGGGGUGCGGUAUUGACCGUCUCUGCAUGUUGUUCACUGGAAUAACGAGAAUCGGGGAUAUUCUGCCUUUUGGCAACUUGCGCAAAGUGACCACCCGUGCUGAUGCAGCGGCUGAAGGCCAGGCUGCUGAAGGAAAGGAGAUCUAGACAGCGCUCAGUGAAUGGGAGACACGAUGACGCGUCUUGCGGCGGCACUCUCAUUGGUCCGUUGCAGGCGAGUGGAUUUUCGCGAUUCUUGCAAGAUCUCGCCAUGAGUGUCGCUCGACGUUCACAGUCUUGCUCGACUGCUGAACUGGAAACUAAAUGGAGUCAGAAAGGCUCCAACUGCAGCUAUGCAGCAUAGCUGCCUGUACAUUACAUGAACCUUAUGUUAUAGUAACCACACAAUCCACCUCUCCAAUGUACAUACCCACAAUCCAGAUAUCACAACUCUUAAC